CCUGCGCUCUGGGCCGCCGCUCUCCGCGCCCUCCACUAGCCACUUAGCGCCCGCACAUUGGACCGCCUCACCAUGGGUCGACAGAAGGAACUGAUGAACCGAUGCGGCGAGAUGCUCCACAUCCGCUACCGGCUGCUUCGCCAGGCUCUGGCAGAGUGCCUCGGGACCCUCAUCCUUGUGAUGUUUGGCUGUGGCUCGGUGGCUCAAGUGGUGCUCAGCCGGGGCACCCAUGGUGGGUUCCUCACCAUCAACUUGGCUUUUGGCUUCGCUGUCACCCUUGGCAUCUUGGUAGCUGGCCAAGUGUCUGGAGCCCACUUGAACCCUGCUGUGACCUUUGCCAUGUGCUUCCUGGCACGUGAGCCCUGGAUCAAACUGCCCAUCUACGCACUGGCACAGACGCUGGGGGCCUUCUUGGGUGCUGGGAUUGUUUUUGGGCUGUACUAUGAUGCGAUCUGGGGCUUUGCCAACAAUGAGCUCAUCGUCUCCGGCCCCAAUGGCACAGCUGGUAUCUUUGCCACCUAUCCCUCUGGACAUUUGGACAUGGUCAAUGGCUUCUUUGAUCAGUUCAUAGGCACAGCCUCCCUCAUUGUAUGUGUCCUGGCCAUUGUGGAUCCCUAUAACAACCCUGUCCCCCGUGGUCUGGAGGCCUUCACUGUGGGCCUUGUGGUCCUGGUCAUUGGAACCUCCAUGGGCUUCAAUUCUGGCUACGCUGUCAACCCUGCCCGUGACUUUGGCCCUCGACUUUUCACAGCCCUGGCUGGCUGGGGCUCAGAAGUCUUCACGACUGGCCGGCACUGGUGGUGGGUGCCCAUCGUCUCUCCACUCCUGGGCUCCAUUGCUGGUGUCUUCGUGUACCAGCUCAUGAUCGGUUGUCAUCUGGAGCAGCCCCCACCCUCCACUGAAGCAGAGAAUGUGAAGCUGGCCCACAUGAAGCACAAGGAGCAGAUCUGAAGGGGCAGCAGCCACCCCCCCACACUGUUCACUCUUGAGUAUCCAUUGACUGUGUGGGGCCACUCUCUAAAAGCCCCCUCGUGAUGCCUCUCAUGUACUUAAGAAGCUCCCUGAAUCCAUCCAAACCUGCUGGAUGGUCCCUUCAGAAUUUCUACUGAACUCUGCCUAGUAGGGAGUUAGGCUCCCACCCUUAAGCCAAGGUAGGAGAGCAAGUAGGACCAAACAUUCUUUAGUUUCUCAAGAGGAAAGAAUGUGCAGAGAGAAAAGGCGGGAGUGUGCAUGUGCGCUGUUUUCCAGGCAUUCAGGGCAAGGGGCCAAGUUUUCAAAGCACUGUAGCAGUUCAAGGGAGCCCAGGGCAAGGGAGGUGAGUCAGGAAAGUGCUAGAGUGUGAACGCUUCAGGGAUUCCAUGUGCAGGUAGACCCAGAAGUGUGUUUUUGAGUAUGUGUGUGUCUGUUCUUUUUUAGAAGUGGAUUUCUAGGCUUGGAGAGGGGAGAGGGAUAAGAGGGUACAGCUCGUAUGACCCUUGAGUAGGGGCUGUGUAAUAUGCUUCUGUUAUUAGCUGGGCAUUGGGAGGGGGUUGAAGUCCAGGUUAUAAGUUUCAUAUUUUCUGUUUGUUUUUUUUUUUAAUAUAUAAAUAUACACAUACAGUCUUAGGAAUAGGGGUAGGGAAACUCCACUUUUUAAAAGGUGUUUCCUUUAAUCCUCUAAUCAACAAUGUACUGUUGCCUUUUAUA